CGUAGCUGGGCAUGAAGCCGGGCGGCGGAGGCCGCGGGGGAGGCGGCGGCGGCGACUACGGCGAUGAGUGACAUCGUAGAGAAGACGCUGACGGCGUUGCCGGGACUCUUUCUGCAGAAUCAGCCGGUGGGAGGGUCCCCCGCUGCCAAAACCUCCUUCUCCUCCCGCCUGGGCGGCCUCAUCCGCGGCAUCACCGCGCUCACCUCCAAGCACGAAGAGGAGAAAUUAAUCCAGCAGGAAUUGAAUAGUCUGAAAGCAACUGUCUCUGCUCCUACAACAACACUGAAAAUGAUGAAAGAAUGUAUGGUGAGACUUAUAUAUUGUGAGAUGCUUGGAUAUGAUGCUUCCUUUGGCUAUAUACAUGCAAUCAAAUUGGCCCAACAAGGAAACCUCUUAGAAAAAAGAGUAGGCUAUCUGGCUGUUUCUUUGUUUCUACAUGAAAGUCAUGAACUGUUGCUUCUCCUUGUGAAUACAGUGGUAAAGGACUUGCAGAGCACUAACUUGGUGGAAAUAUGUAUGGCUCUUACUGUUGUCAGCCAGAUUUUCCCUCGAGAGAUGAUUCCAGCUGUUCUUCCUUUAAUAGAAGAUAAACUUCAGCAUUCUAAGGAAAUUAUUCGAAGAAAAGCUGUUCUAGCAUUGUACAAAUUCCAUCUCAUUGCUCCUAAUCAAGUACAGCAUAUCCAUAUUAAGUUCCGGAAAGCACUUUGUGACAGAGAUGUUGGGGUCAUGGCUGCUUCUUUGCACAUAUACCUUAGGAUGAUUAAGGAGAACCCGUCUGGAUAUAAAGACUUGACUGGAAGUUUUGUAACCAUUUUAAAGCAAGUAGUUGGAGGAAAGCUCCCAGUAGAUUUCAAUUACCACAAUGUGCCAGCACCAUGGUUACAGAUUCAGCUUUUGAGAAUACUAGGACUUCUAGGAAAAGAUGAUCAAAGGACAAGUGAAUUAAUGUAUGAUGUUCUUGAUGAAUCCUUACGAAGAGCUGAAUUAAAUCACAAUGUCACUUAUGCUAUUCUGUUUGAAUGUGUGCACACAGUCUAUUCUAUUUAUCCUAAAUCAGAUUUGCUUGAGAAGGCAGCCAAAUGCAUAGGAAAAUUUGUUCUGUCACCUAAAAUAAACCUCAAGUAUCUAGGACUGAAGGCUCUUACCUAUGUUAUCCAACAGGAUCCCACUCUGGCUCUUCAACACCAGAUGACAAUAAUUGAAUGCUUAGACCAUCCUGAUCCCAUUAUUAAAAGAGAGACACUGGAACUUCUUUAUAGAAUUACAAACACACAGAAUGUAACCGUUAUUGUCCAGAAAAUGCUUGAAUAUUUACAUCAGAGUAAAGAAGAGUAUAUCAUUGUCAAUUUGGUUGGCAAAAUUGCUGAGCUGGCUGAGAAAUAUCCUUUGACAAAUAGCCUGAAGCUGGAAGGUGUAAAGAAGUUGUGGGGAAAAGAAGGAUAUCUUCCAAAGAAGGAGAGCAAAGGGGGCGAUGAAGCAGAAGCUCCCCCUGUUCCUCCAGAGACGGCAAUACUGGAGAAUAGAGAUCAAGCUAUAACAAGAAACGAUCAGUCUCAAGUUCUUACCCAGUCUAAAGAGGAGAAAGAGAAGCAGAUGUUGGCAUCAUCAUUAUUUGUUGGGUUAGGAUCAGAAAAUACAAUUCAUCUGCUGGGAAAAGCAGACCCUGUGUCUCAUAAGUUCCGAAGGAAAUCAAAAGUCAAGGAAACCAGAAGUGGAGAAACAGCCCAUUCUUCCUUCAGUACUUUGUCAAAUGUGGUCUGUGCUGAUGAUGAUGAUUUGAAUACGUUACACGAUAGAGGAGACAAGGGACUAAAGAAAUUUUCUCUCAGUUCAGAACUUUUGGAUUCUAAAUCUCUCACAGAGCUGCCUUUGGUUGAAAAACUCUCAAAUUGCAGCCUGUCUGCACCUUCUUUGUUUGCUGAUAACAACAUGGAAAUUUUGCACCCACCUCCAUCUACUACAGCCUCAGUUGUCAAGCAACUCUCUGUGGUUUCUUCGUUGGAAGAAACUACUGAGUGCAUGCAUUCAAGUCUUACGGAGGUCUGUAAUAAUGAAACCAUAUCAGUGUCUUCUUACAAAAUUUGGGAAGAUGAUUGUUUAUUGAUGGUGUGGUUAGUUGCAAAUAAGACUGAUUUGGAGUUGAAAAGUGCUCACUUAGAAGUUUUUCCUGCAGAAAAUUUCAAGAUCACAGAGCAGUCUGGAUGCUGUUUGCCAGUGGUGGAUGCAGAAAGCACCACGAGCUUCCAACAUCGUGUGCAGGUGGAGCAACCUUUUACAGAAGGAAAUCUAUCCGGUUUCCUAACUUAUCAGAUGGUGGAUGUGCAUCCUGUUCAGCUCGACUUUUCCAUCAACUUAUCAUUAUUAGAUUUUAUUAGACCUUUAAAAAUCUCAACUGAAGACUUUGGAAAACUCUGGCUCUCCUUUGCAAAUGAUGUGAAGCAAAAUAUAAAAACAGCAGCAUCUCCAGCUGUUCUGCCUUCUGCCCUCAAUGUGCUGCAGCAGAAACUGCGACUUCAUGUUAUUGACGUUGUAGGCAGUGAAGGGCUGUUGGCCUGUCGGCUGCUGCCAUCAGUCCCCUGCUUACUGCAUUGCCGAGUUCAUGCUGAUGUGUUAGCCCUGUGGUUCCGAUCCUCCUGCCCUGCUCUUCCGGACUAUUUAUCACGUCAGUGUCAAAAGGUGAUGGAGGGAUCCUAGCAGAAGCUCUGCUUCAGCUUACUCGAUCACGAUAAAUGGUUUACAUAGCUAAACUCAUUUACCAAAGUGAAAAGAACUCAUGGUACUUUUUUCAAACCCUUCUUUUUCUGUGCCAGUCCUGGGGCUUGAACUCAGGGCCUGGGUACUGGCCCUUAGCUUUUUUGC